UGCGGAAUUCGGGGAGGGUGCGCGCGCUAGGGCGGUCGGAGGGAGGUCCGGCUCACAGGUCCUGAUUGGGAAGAAGUCGGCAGGUCCUGGCAGGGGAGAGCUGUGGUCGUGACAACUCGGGGUAUAGGCGACUUUAACGGGAUGGAGUCGCGGGUCGCGGACGCCCAGGCUGGCGAGGCUGAGCGAGCUGUGGGUGAAGGCCCAGCAAGCGGCGGCGCCUCUCGCGGGCUUCAAGUCUCGGAGCCCUUGGGAGCCGCCCGCUGGAAGCUCCUGCGGCAGGUUCUGAAGCAGAAGCACCUGGAUGAUUGCCUGCGACAUGUAUCUGUAAGAAGAUUUGAAUCAUUUAAUCUGUUUUCAGUAACAGAAGCCAAAAAAAGGGCAGCUGACGAGGAAGUUGGUGCGUGGGUCCAAUACACAAGUGUCUUCUAUCCUGAGUACAGUAUUUCUUUAAGGCAUAAUAAUGGAUCUUUGAAUGUUGAAGAUGUUCUUACCAGCUUUGACAAUACAGGAAAUGUUUGCAUCUGGCCAUCUGAAGAGGUUUUGGCUUACUACUGCCUCAAGCACAGUAAUGCAUUCAGGGACCUUGCUGUGUGUGAGCUAGGGGGUGGCAUGACAUGCUUGGCUGGGCUCAUGGUUGCUAUUUCUGCAGAUGUCAAAGAAGUUCUGUUAACUGAUGGGAAUGAAAAGGCCAUCAGAAACGUGGGAGACAUCAUCACAAGGAAUCAGAAGGCUGGUGCAUUUAAAACUCGGAAAAUAUCAAGCUGCGUUUUACGAUGGGAUAAUGAGACAGAUGUCUCUCAGCUGGAAGGACAUUUUGACAUUGUUAUGUGUGCUGACUGCCUGUUUCUGGACCAGUACAGAGCCAGCCUUGUUGAUGCAAUAAAGAGAUUACUCCAGCCCAGAGGGAAAGCAAUGGUAUUCGCCCCACGCCGAGGGAAUACUUUAAACCAGUUUUGCAAUCUAGCUGAAAAAGCUGAUUUCUCUAUCCAAAGACAUGAAAAUUAUGAUGAACACAUUUCAAACUUCCACUCCAAGUUGAAAAAGGAAAACCAGGACGUCUAUGAAGAAAACCUUCAUUACCCACUUCUGCUUAUCUUAACCAAAAAUGGAUAGAAGAUUAAGCUGCUGAAAAGACGAAAACACCAAGUACACAGGGCAUAUUUUCACAAAAACAGAAACCUGUGAUGGGCGUGAUAUGCAGCAAGCCGCUGGCUCCCUGAGAUCCGUGAGCCCCCACCACUUCCGCCACAUUCCACAUGUGGGUUAUGGGGUCCACCUGUCCUCACAUCAUUCCCAGCCCUCCUGGACUCCUUUCUUCGUCUGCUCUCUGGGACCAAACCUUUGUUCGCCUUUAAAUAUCUACAAACAGCCUGAGAUUUGAAUUGGACUUAGGAGAAACCUAAAUCUUUUUCCUCCUAAUUGAGACAGAAUUUCUUUUGGUGAUUCCCACCACCCCCCUUUUCAAAAAAGAUCUUGGUCUUUGUUCUAUUUUGGUGGUGGUACUUUUUCAUCUGUAAACACAGCAAACGUCACGAUUCUUUCCUGGUUAAAAAAAUAAAUAAAGCAUAUCUUUCUCAUCUCCCUCAAA